AUGCCCGAGGUGGAAAAAUUCUUUGAGGAGAUCAGCCUCACCCCCAGAAUGGGAUUGGUUCAUUGCGAAUCCCACAGCCUCCGAAUGUUCAUCAGCUACAUCAACCGCCGAAACGAUGGAUCUAAGAGGAAGGACUCUUGCAUUGCUGAGAUCUUCAAAGAGGUUGAGAAGCAUUGGGCCCCAAAGAUCCGCUCACGCGGGGCCUUGGUCGAGGAAGCCGGGGAGGCUGAUGAAGAGCAUGAACAGGGUGAUGAUGAUGAUGAUGAGUGUGAGCAGGAAGGGGACGAAGACCAGAUCACGGAGCCGGAGACAGAAGAGGACAGCCAGGAGUUGGUGGAUCCUUACCUUGCCUCUGCCAUGGGGCUGGAUGCCACCUCACCCCAGCCUUGUUCGGCCUACGUGGGCACGAUUCCUUAUGAGGUGAAUUGUGAGAACGGUAAUCCCGUCCCUUCCGAGCCCUCAAGAGCCCUCACCGACAUUGACAAUGCUUGUGAUGUUGAUCUUGUGCGAUCUCUUGCUGAGAUUGAGCAUCUCGCUGGCAGUCGUUUGAGUGGACUUCUUGGACGUAACAGAUAA